AUGUCCAUUGAACCCAGCUCCCGCCGACGCCGCCCUACCAACAACGUGCCGUGCGUUCCCACCAUUUCCCGCACUCUUCUCCACCUCGUCCAUCCGGCUACGCAUUCGGCACAGUCGAUUCGCUGGGCGUCUCGUAGCGGCGGCGACGGCGGCCGGGCGGCGGCGACUACCCACUCGUCCAAGGACCAGGUCUACCAUACGCUACCACACCCACCCACCGUGUACCGCCACGAGCAAGACCAGAUCGUGGUCGAUGACCUACCCUCCCGUGUGGAUGGCGCGGAGACUCGACAGAUCCAAGUCCAGACCUCCUGA